AUGCGUGAAUACAAACUAGUGGUGUUAGGCUCCGGAGGUGUCGGCAAAUCGGCACUGGUGAGUAGUGCCUUGCCUAGGUUUCUAUUGAGGCCUCCUGGGCAUAAGUGAUUUGAGUGGGCAUUUGAUUUGAGAAUUUAUGUCACUAUAUAUUUAUGCUCUUCUCUCCUUGCUUAUUCUCUUCCAGACAGUCCAAUUUGUACAAGGUAUUUUUGUGGAAAAAUAUGACCCCACAAUAGAAGACUCCUACAGAAAGGUAUGCUGCCCUAAAGUUACUAAGAGCUCCAUUGCCACCACUCAGGUGUCAACAUUUUACUAAACGUUACUCCCUCUCUCCCACAGCAAGUUGAAGUGGACGGGCAGCAAUGCAUGCUUGAAAUCCUUGACACAGCUGGAACAGUAAGUAGAACAUGUCCACGUUAGCCAUGGUAACAGAUUGUAUGAUGGCAGUAAACGUUAGCCAUGGUAACAGAUUGUAUGAUGGCAGUAAAUAUGACCAGUAUGUCAUGGAGUCUUUCGUCUGCUGUUUUACAGGAGCAGUUCACAGCAAUGAGGGACCUGUACAUGAAGAACGGUCAAGGCUUCGCUCUUGUAUACUCCAUCACGGCACAGUCCACGUUUAACGAUCUACAGGACCUGAGGGAACAGAUCCUGAGAGUAAAGGACACUGAGGAUGUGAGUAUUGUAGCUAUUCAGGGCUCAGUCACUGUUGUUGACACUGAUGUGAGUAUUGUACCUUAUUAGGGCUUUCACUGACACUGAGGAUGUGAGUAUUGUAGCUAUUCAGGGCUCAGUCACUGUUGUUGACACUGAUGUGAGUAUUGUACCUUAUUAGGGCUUUCACUGACACUGAGGAUGUGAGUAUUGUAGCUAUUCAGGGCUCAGUCACUGUUGUUGACACUGAGGAUGUGAGUAUUGUAGCUAAUCAGGGCUUCCAUCACUUAGGCCUUGUUUUCAAUGCAUUUAUUACAGCUGUUACGAUCACUAUGAUACGUUUAUGAUUUGUAUGCAGUUAUGUUCUACAGUGCCUUCAGAAAGUAUUCACACCCCUUGACUUUUUCCCCACAUUUUGUUGUUACAGCCUGAAUUUAAAAUGGAUUCAAUUGAGAUUGUGUCACUGGCCUACACACAAUACCCCUUAUUGUCAAAGUGGAAUUAUGUUUUUAGAAAUGUUUACAAAUUUAAUUAAAAAUUAAAAAGCUGAAAUGUCUUGAGUCAAUAAGUAUUCAAUCCCUUUUUAUGAAAAGCCUAAAUAAGUUCAGGAGUAAAAUGUAGCUUAACAAGUCACACAAUAAGUUGCAUGGACUCACUGUGUGCAAUAAGUGUUUAACAUGAUUUUUGAAUGACUACCCCAUCUCUGUACCCCACACAAUACAAUUAUCUGUAAGGUCCCUUAGUCGUGCAGUGAAUUUCAUACACGGAUUCAACCACAAAGACAUGGGAGGUUUUCCAAUGCCUCGCAAAGAAGGGCACCUAUUGGUAGAUGGGUACAAAUAAAGAAAGCAGACAUGGAAAUCCCUUUGAGCAUGGUGAAGUUAUUAAUUACACUUUGGAUGGUGUAUCAAUACACCCAGUCACUACAAAGAUACAGGCGUCCUUCCUAAUUCAGUUGCCGGAGAGGAAGGAAACCGCUCAGGGAUUUCACCGAGGUCAAUGGUGACUUUAAAACAGUUAGAUUUUAAUGGCUGAGAGAGGAGAGAACUGAGGAUGGAUCAACAUUGUAGUUACCCCACAAUACUAACCUAAAUUACAUAGUGAAAAGGAAGCCUGUACAGAAUAAAAAAUAUUCCAAAACAUGCAUCCUGUUGAAAUAAGGCACUAAAGUAAAACUGCAAAAAAUGUGGCAACGAAAGCGUUAUGUUUUGGGCAAAUUCAACACAUCACUGAGUACCACUCUUCAUAUUUUCAAGCAUGGCGGUGGCUGCAUCAUGUUAUGGGUAUGCUUGUCAUCAGCAAGGACUAGGGAGUUUUUUAGGAUAUAAAGAAAUGGAAUCGAGCUAAGCACAGGCAAAAUCCUAGAGGAAAACCUGGUUGUCUGCUUUCCAACAGACAUUGGGGGAGCAUGGCAGAGAAGAUGGUGGCUUUGAGAUCGAAAUGUCAUGGUUGAUGUUUGCCAGUUUCAGCCAUGCUCUUAUUUCUGCCCCAUGCAGAGUUUGUGCAUGAUUGAUUGAUUGUCACAUUAUGGAGACUGUAAUGUCCUAUAUUUUUGUUUUGAAAAGAAACUGAGUAAAGAACCAUCUCAAAGCCUUCCCUCUAUUUCUCCCUAUUCUGUAUCAGGUCCCCAUGAUCCUGGUAGGCAACAAGUGUGACCUGGAGGAUGAGCGUGUGGUGGGCAAAGAGCAGGGUCAGAACCUGGCCAGACAGUGGAACAACUGUGCCUUUCUAGAGUCCUCAGCUAAAUCAAAGAUCAACGUUAAUGAGGUAAGCCCCACUGCUUUCACUUCCAGUCACCUGAACUGAAUUAAUGUGUUUUAUAUCUCGGAGUUGAAAGGAAUUGCAACAAUAAAUAAAAUGUUGUCAAGGAAACAAGUGUGAUUAUCUGGAGGCUAUGACAGAGUUAGUUAAUGUAUCUCUAACUACCGGCUCCUUUGCGCCUCUUUAGAUUUUCUAUGACCUGGUCAGACAGAUCAAUAGGAAAACGCCGAUAGAAAAGAAGAAAGCAAAGAAGAAGUCAAAUUGCACACUGCUCUAAAGUUCUCACUUGCAGCAGCUCUGAGUCAGGUGAGAUCCAAGGGGUGAUAUGGAACCUAUGUUUAAUGGUUUUUACGGAGUCUAAUUUUAUCAUAAUCCCAUGAGUAUGUACUUGCAUUGAUAUUUUUGCUUUCUAUCAUAAUAACCUGUCUCACAUUCUUUACUGUCACGCAUUACAUGUGCAAUUGCUCUCACAUGGAAUGUACACUCCCCUACGUAUUCAUUUGGACAGUGAAGCUGAAACCUUUAAUUAGUCUCUAUACACCAGAAUUUUGGAUUUGAGGUCAAAUGUUUUAUUAGGCGACAGUACAGAAUGUCACCUUUUUAUUUGAGGGUAUUUUCAUAUCUGUUUUGCAGUUAAGAAUGUAUGUUUCUAGUGCCGCCAUUUGAAAGUGUCAUAAGUAGUUGUACAAAUUCACUUAGUGUAUUACAUUUAGUAAAACGUAUAUAUGGUCCCAUAUUCCUAGCACGCAAUGACUACAUCAAGUUUCUGACUCAUGUUUUUGGGGGUUAUGAUAUUUAUGCCUAUAAUUUUCUCUCAUUAUUCACAAUUCAUUCAUGAUUAUCCGUAAUCAUGGUAGCAAUGCAUCCACAUUAAUGUAUAAGUGUUCAGAAACAUUAUUCUUAUUUACAAUAAGUGACUCAAGAUGACAAUACAUUAUUUACCAUUAAUUUCUAUUGGGCACAACAUAAUCUGAAACGCAACCAAAACAAACUGCAAAUGCAUCCAACAAGUUUGUAAAGUCACAAGCUUGAUUUAGUUAUUACGUGUUAGGAAUAUGGGACCAAAUACUAAACUUUAGACUACAUUUAAUACACUAUAAGUGAAUAUCAUGACGAAAAACGCUAACCUGCAAAUAAAAGGUGACAGUCGCCAUAUAUAAAACAUUUUCUCAAAUCCAAAAUGCUGGAGUAUAGAGCCAAAAUUCAAAGUUUUAGCUUCACUGUCCAAAUAAAUAUGUACGGGUGUAAAUAAAAGUACCUCUGGACUACCAUGUCCUUGUGUCUCUUAUCUGCAGGAAGCUGCAAUACAAGACUGUUGCCCAGUUGGAACGUGCCAGCAUUCCAAGAUCUUUCAACAACGUUUGGAGAAGUUUGACAAAGGCAGACAAGUAAUUCUCUACUUCACCACUCUAAUAAUGGAGGAUUAUUCUUCUUGGAUACUCUUCUCUGCUUUUUAAUGGUUAUAAAAUCCAGACCUUUUUCUCUUUUUUUUUUUU